AUGUCGUUUGAAAAAACAGACUCGGAGCGUCCCGUCGUUUCCAUCCCCUCGACCACGAGCGCCAACAAUGCUGUCUACUAUAAUAUUCUGCUCAAACUUCCUCUACGCUCGAUGACGAUUCCAAGAAGGUACUCCGAAUUCUUCCGACUUGUUCAAGAUUUAUCCGAUGACUUGGGUAUAAAUCCCAGCGAUUUCCCGUACAAGAUUCCUCCGAAGUCGUUCAUGUUUUCGUCUUCAGCUAAAGUCGUGGCGGAAAGACGAGAUCAACUCGCCACUUUUUUGAACCAGGCUGUCACUGAUAAGGAGAUUCAGAACAACCGAAUAUUCCUUGAAUUUUUAAAACUUCCCGCCGAUUUUGAGCUAUCUUCCAUCUUCAAAAGGGGCCUGAACGUAGUGUCGGACCUCAGUAUUCCACCUAGUUUGGAUGACCAGCAAUGGCUGGAACUUUACCGUCGCUAUAAGCAGCGAGCGCACGAGUUUGAAAUAGCCUACAAAGAGAGCCAGACUUUGAAGGAAAAAAUUGCCAUUCAAAAGGAGUCAAAGGAUUUACAGAGGCACCUAGAUGAGCUCCGUGCCACCAUCAGCAAGCUCAAAAUUUCUGCCAAAGAUAAACUGAAAAAAGAGGCAGCGGUGUGUAAUCUUAAGCUGCUGAUUCUGCUGAUAGGGGCAUGGUCAGCCGAUAGAAGAGAGCAAAACGGCGGGCACGGCUCGCUAGGCAAGGCUUCUGAGACCAACGACACAUUGCCGUUGAACAACCAGGAACUUUUGCAGCAACAAAUUCAGAUCCACAAGAACCAAGAUCAAGAAUUGUACGAGCUUCGGAAACUGAUUCAAAGACAACGUGAGUUGGGAGAGUUGAUCAAUACCGAGGUUGAAGAGCACAAUGAGUUACUUGAUGGUUUCGAACAUGAAGUUGAAAAUGCUGCUGCAAAGGUCAAAAGUGCCCGUCUGCGGGCUCGCAAAAUCUUAUAG